GUUGGCCUGGUGUUUCAUGUCGAGGUAGAGAUUGAGGACUUCCAACAUGAUGAGGACUCAGAGAUUUAUUUCUAUCCUCACCUGUGUGGGGAUGACAUCUCCAUCAUUGAUGACAAUUUGGAGAAUGAGGCAGGUGUGGCAAUGUAUCUGAGUUGCGCUCUCUUUAUAACCAUGAUUUAUGACAAAGAUCAGUUUAUGUGUAAAGAAACAGUCCCAGCCCCUUCAACCAACAAAGAGUUAGCUAAUUGCCGAAGAAGACUUUAG